AGCGAAACUCUUUUAGCAUUACGGGAGUUUUUUGCUUUGCUGGGCCACAGCUUCUUGUUGCCAUGUCAAUGGCGCCUGCUUUCGCCUCGUCUCAGAAACCAGAUGAUAUUAUUGAUGUCUCCUUGGAGAUACCUGUGGUGCAGGGUGACACUUCGCAUCGGCUUGAUGAACUACUGCUGCUCCAUGAGCAGAGGCUUGUCCAUGCUAUGGAGGAGGGGUUCUCUCGCAUUCAGGCUCUCGUUGGGGGCUCCGUGAAUGUCACUGUGAUGGAGCCAUCAGCUCCAGUAAAGGCACCAACCGUGGGGGAGGCAGAUAUCACAACUCAAGAUGUGGGAGGUGCUUCUCGACAGGUCACAGCUGAUGGUACGUUCAGUCGUCGAUUAUCAGUCUUGGGCGAGAAGGAAGACGGAGAAGAUGUCUCCCUGUUCCAGCGGCUGUCUAGGGAGGCCAAGCCGACUUGGUGGCAAGUGCCUUUGAGACGACUUGUGCGCUCCUGGGUGUUUGAAAUCUUCUUUGCUGCAGUGAUAUUCACAAACUCCAUCUUCAUUGCAUAUCAAGUGGAGAUUGCAGCAAGGAACCUAGGCUCGAAACCAGAUUCCGUUCUAUUUCUCAUUGCUUCUGCGUACACGUUUUUGUUUACAUUUGAAUGGAUCGUUCGCAUCGCAGCUUGGGGACCGCGAGUGUUCUGUGGAGAGGAUUGGCAUUGGAUGGCCUUGGACACCGCUGUGGUGCUAUCAAGCCUCUUUGAGUUUGCCUUGGAGCUGCCCAUGCACCAGGAGCAUUCAUCCAGUACAAUCAGCAACAUGCGUCUCCUGCGCGUCCUGCGGGUUGCUAAAGUUACACGUGCCCUUCGGAUCGUGAGGGUCGUGAAGUUUGUCCGUUCUUUGAAGAGCCUUCUAUUCUGCAUUGGGCGCACCAUUCGUGCAUUGGCAUGGUCAGCAGUGCUCCUGAUGCUCAUCAUCUUUGUGUUUGGGCUGAUAUUCACCGACAUCACCACCGAGUUCCUCUCGAAUCCAGAAAAUACAAAUCUUUCGCAGAAGCACAUUGAAGAGAUGCUAGGUUUCUUUCCUGAGCGGUUUGGAGGUCUUGAGCUAUCGACGCACACCUUGUAUGCCUCUAUCACUGGAGGCUUCACAUGGGUUGAAGCCCGUGACUUCUUCGGGAAGAUCAGCCUUGUUUGGGGUCUCCUGUUUGAAGCAUAUAUUGCGUUUUGCUUGUUUGCAGUCUUGAAUGUGAUGACUGGCGUGUUUUGCCACUCAGCCAUUGAAAGUGCAGACAAAGAUCAUGAGCUGAACUUGCAGAUGUUGGCCGUGGAGAGGCAAAAAUAUUUCAGGGCUGUGAAGCGGCUUUUUGCCAGGCUUGAUCAAGAUUCAGAUGGUGGAAUCACUGCAGAAGAGUUUGAGGUUGCACUACAAGAUGCAGCCUUGAUCAAUGUGUUUGACGCCUUGGAGAUUUCUGUUGCGGAUGCGUGGAACUUGUUCAGGACCUUAGAUAGCGAUGGAGACGCACAUGUUGGUCCUCAAGAGUUUGUCGAUGGUUGCUUGCGCCUGAAGGGCCCUGCUAGAUCAAUAGAUGUUGUUUGCAUCAAGAGGGACCUCAACCUUCUGCACCAAAAGCUGGACACGCAGGUAGCGGCUUGGACGUCCACCUGCGCAAAAAACGACGCUCCGCAUCUCUAAGAGAUGCUGUGCAGUGGCCCAAGUGGGCUGAAGGGUCCACUUCACAGCUUGUUGAAGGUGACGUGAUGACCCGGACUAUCGCAGUUAUACGAGAUGGACUUACAGGUUAUCCACACAAAUUGACCAGGUGCAGUUUCGAAUCGUUGUAAGAUGCUGCACUUGGGUUGAGGUUUGUAGUUUCCCAAAGGGCGCAGAUAGCAACUGCCUCAAACCUUAGGCAGGCAAAGAACUAAUUAAGCUAUGUACAGGCCACCACGAGGGCUCCAUUUUGGCAAACUGCGCAAACAGAUCGAGAACAGCCAAUGGCAGCCAAAAUGGCUUUCUAUUGAUAUCACAAAGGAAAAGAACUAUAUAUUUAUAUAUACAGUAUUUUUUGCGGUAUCGAGCCUCCAAGUGCUGCAAUGACUGUAGUGAAGUGUCAUGCGUUUGGGCACUUCGUGAAUGCAAGACCAAAUCUUGUCCUCCAGGAUAAAUUAGUCUUGGACACAACCCUUGAUACUACAAACAAGAUCAAGUCUUGAACACUUCUUCAAGGCUUUUGAGUCUUGGACUGAACUACCGGCCCCUAGCGGCUUGAGCAUAACUAUAACGCUAUCAAGUGCAAUUCAGUUUGAUUGAACUUUGGACCAAGGUCACUGGAGUUGGGAAUCUGCGGACUGAGUAUCCGAGAUCAUGGACUUGACGACAAAUCACACACACACAUACGAAGGCAGUAAGAAUCGAUCGAGAGGAGCUUGGCUGCACAAUCAUGUGUC